GCAUUUCUGUUCAAGAGCCACAAAAUCAACUUCCAUGCAUGUUUUCUCAAAUCCUGUGCAAUCUGGCUCAGGCAUUCAAACCCUAUCUGAAGCUACCAGCUGUGACUGGUGGCAUGUGUACCAUGGAAGGACUCAUAAAUCAUUCCCAUGGGAUACUAGGGUUUUGCAUCGUAAACCAGUGUCUCCUAGCAACCAAUCCAGGAAGGAUGGCCAAUUUAACUGCGGAAGGUGUGGAAGCUGUCCUUCAGCUGCAGCAGAAGCCUGGUCGCCUGUUUCUAAGAGAUUUGCUGGGGUGGAAGGAGUUUGAUGAAAUUCAGGAAGUACGUCAGAGUAUCAAACUUGAUGCCCAUUACUAUAGCCUGAUGUUUGCUGCUAACAAAGGUUUAUCCUGGCAAGCUGUAGCAGAAGUGGUAAAAUUGACAGGGGAGCUAUUGGAGGAAACCCAAGGUUUUUCCCUGUUGCAAGCCAUCAGAAUCCUUCAAGAGAAACUGACUGCCUUUCCGGUUCAGCUCUCCUCUUUCCAGAAGUCUGCCGUGUAUGAUUACUUUUCAAACACAUUUCUCAAGCAUUAUUGGCUGUACCAGUUAGUGAUGACUCGGGAGAGAGACCGCAAUCAGACAUUUGCCAUUCUUGAGGUCUGUGCUCCCCCCAGCCCCCCUCCUUUGAGUGAAGGCAUAGAUAUUGAAAUGUGGAACUACCAGCAACAAUUAGCUGCCCUCUGUGCAGCUGAAGAAGAAAAACAGGCCAGUAUAUUGCAUAUCCGAGAAACUUUGCAUGCAGAGCGGGAACAUCUGCUCAGGGAAGUGUACCAAAGGGUCAGAAGACAAACACAGACCCUUAACACAGAGACACUAAUAUCUUUAGUCAAUGAAGCAAUUAAAACACAGAUCCAGAACCUGCAUCGUAUUAUUCAACAUGAGAUCCAGACUACCUUUGAAAUGUUGGAACUAAAGCUUCAGAAAAAGGCCUUGAUGGUCAAUUCACCUGCUCCAUACCCACCUCCGUUCUGUCCUGACUUGCGAGGAAAAAAGUCAAGCAAACCUCCAAAGAAGACACAGGAGAACUCUUCAGAAAACGAAGACAAAAUGGAGAAGGACCAAAAGAAGAAAAAGAAAUGAAGAUUGCUUUGGGGUUCUCUUAUUGUGCAUCCUUCAAUGAGGAAGCAAGCCAUACAUCUCCUUAUAAUUGUACUUUUUUUAUCCCAGGCAUUCUAAGUAUUUUGCCUUUCAAGCUGAUUCUCCAGACGGAUACUACUUUAGGCUGGAGGUAGGGUUCAGAUGUCUGCGUUUUAAAAGGAAGGAUUCUUUCAUAGCCUUGCAUUAACAUAUUCAAUUUGCUAUGGGAAUAGAUCGAGACACAUCAUACACCCAUUAUGUGAAACUUCUAUUUCCCUUAGUUUAAAUAACUUAAAAUGUUAAAAUAGAUUGCCAUUUUAGGAGAAUAAAAUUUGAAUAUUUUUACCUACAGAGGAUAGAAAUAGGCAAAUAAAUUCAAACUAACAUUCGUGUUUGAAUGUGAGAAUCAGCAAGCAUUACUUAACAGUGUAAUCCAGUGACCUGUUCUGUGCUUCUGAAGUUUUUUUCUUUCAGCUUUUGCAUGAAUAGUGCCACAUGUUGGCUGGGGAAAUUGAUUGAAGUUGUGCCACAUGCCAGAAUUCUUAUAGCCAGCAGUACAUGCAUGUUUAGUUGCCUGCAGGUCAAUGGUUCUAUGCACUGUAAUCCUAAACAUUCAAGCAUCAUUUUAAAAUUCAGAUAAAUAUGCAAUUGGUGGGAAUUGGAUAAUUUGUAUUUAUUUUUAAAUUUGGAUACUUUAAGUCAAAGCAAUGGCUGUCAAGAUACCAUUUGCCCCUAUUCUCCUGCCAGAUACUUUCUCUUUGGGGAUCUCUUGGUUUUGAUCUUUCAUCAACAAAUUAAAUAGGAAUGCAGUUCAGUUUCAGGGUUCCACCCUCCAAUAGCUUUUAGGUUUCUCAAUUGUCUUCAGUUUAGGCUAAUACACAGACACUCUAGGGCCUUAAGGGAAGGUCAAGUAUUAUUUGGGGGCCAUACCCAUCAUCUAAGCAAAUAAUGGAAUUUCCUUCCUGAAAGAGACUAUAAUAACAGGACUAAUGUCUUCGUUGCUUCAGUGCUCUCCAAAAUUUGUUGCAGCAUGAUAAACCCCUAGAAAUUACUGUAAAUUAAAGGAAAGGGCAUGGGUGGGAAGAGGACAAAAUGUGAAUAUAUCUGAGAUGAAAGACAUCCUAGUCUUGAGACUACAUGAAAACAAAAUGGCUUCAUCAAAAUUACUCUAUGCUUGUGCUGCCAAUUAAAAGUACCCUCUGUGAUUUAGAGAGCAUUGUCAUAGAUAUAGACAUAUUCAGAAGGAAGCAUUUUCCUCUGGGAAAAUUAACAGCUUAUUUUACAAGAGGACAGUUCUUUACAAUGGCAUGCUUCAUACCAGUCUUCCCUAGUUUAUUUCUAUUUAAUCCCUGUAUUCUAAAUGUACAAAAUGAGACUGCAGAACCUGGAAUCUCUUAGCGCCUUUGGUAAAUAAAUCCUUAAGGCAGUACUUAACAUAGUCUUUCAAAAGUGGAAGGCUAUAAUGCCACUAUAGGCGGCAUGUAUGAGCCCCCAGAAUGUUCUAAAACUUGUCAACAAACUAAUCCUCAAUGUAAUAGAAGUUAUUCAGCCCAUGAAGAGCAAUCUUAUUAAUUCAGUUUAAUUAAUAUAAUUAACAUACUUUUAAUUGGAUUUAAAUUAGAUUAGAUUUUAUCUAAUUAAAGUUUACAAAUUAAUAGAUGUAUGAAUAUUGUUAUUUGUCUAUAACUUUGAAAUAAAAAUACAUUUAAUAUAGUAUAGUGAAGAGUACUGUCCUGCUGCCGAAAUUAAAGUAAGAUUCAAUCACCUUGUGUUUGUGGAAUAAAGAGCACUGCGUUUUUGUCUGUCUCAAGCA